AUGUCGUUUGUUUCAUGGUUAUCCUUUGUUGGCGAUGAGAUUGGGUUGAAAACUCUCUUUCACUCCUCGUGGGAUGUUUAUAUCAUCAUUGCUUUGAGGAUGAUUAGACUUAUUGGAUUUGGCUCUACGUCGUUGAUACUCGCAUUAUAUUUGAAAGCUUUGGGUAUUGAUGAGUCUUACAUUGGGUUCUUCAUGACACUUACAUUUGUUGGAGAUUUAAUCACCUCAUUCUUGCUCAGUUUAGUUACCGACCAGAUUGGAAGGAAACGCGUGCUUAUAUUGUGCUCGGUUGUCAUGUUGGCUACAGGAUUUGUAUUCACAACCACCGAAAACUACUACUUCCUUCUUGCGACUGCCGUGAUUGGUAUAUUAACACCUUCUGGUGGAGAAGUUGGGCCAUUUAGGACUAUUGAACAAAGUAGUAUUGCUUCAUUGUGCCACCAAUCUCAAAGAUCGGAUAUUUAUGCAUGGUAUACAUUCUUGGGCCUGUUCUGUGCUGCUUUUGGGUCGUUUGUGGCUGGUCUGAUUAUUGAGCUUACUCGAGCAGAGUGGGGCUUUAGUGAAAUUGAGAGCUACAAGAGUGUGUUUGGUUUAUAUUGCAUCCUUUCAUUGAUUGGUGUUGUAUUGUCUUUGUUCAUUAGUGGGGGUAUUGAAGCAAAGAAGCAGCUGAUUGAACCUAGAAGUGAAGCACCAACUGAUGAGGAAAGCACUGAAGGCUCUCUGGCUAAUGAGACUACUCAGUUACUUGCAAAUGAAGAAUCAAAACCAAAGUCCAGUUUCUUUAACCUCCUCCCACAUUUGUCUCCCGAUGUGUACUUGAUUGUGUUGAAGAUCUCGCUUUUGUUUGGUCUCGACUCAUUUGCAUCGUCAUUGACUCCAUUAUCCUGGACUUCGUACUAUAUUAAACGCAAGUUUGGUAUUCCUUCGUCAUACCUUGGUUCUGUGUUUUUCAUCACAGGGUUCAUCAGUGGUGUUACUUCACUUGGAUCAACCUCAAUGACAAAGAGACUUGGUCCUGUUGUCACCAUGGUCGCAACUCAUUUACCGGCAUCUGUUUUGUUAGCAGUGUUGCCAUUCCCCAACUCGUUUGUGGUGACUAUAGCCAUCUUGGUUUUAAGAGCUUCAAUGCAAACAAUGGAUGUAGCACCUAAACACGUAUUCUUAGCUGCCACUGUCCCUGAUGAUGACAGGACUGCAGUCUUUGGAUUUGUUAAUGUUGUGAAGACGUUGGCACAAAUUAUUGGACCUAGUAUCGUUGGGGUUUUGACAGAGAAUGGCUUACAAUGGGUCACUUUCGUAGUUGGAGGUUCGUUGAAGGUUGUCUACGAUCUUGGUGUAUUGGUUACAUUUUUGACGUUCAAUAAAAACGCAGCAUAUUAG